AUGAGCCGAUUCAUUUCACCAAUGGAAAUAGAUGAUGAAUCACAUGCUGGUGUUCCUUCUGAGUGGCUGGAAAAAUUUGAAUCUAAUACCCUGACUGAAUCUGAUUUUCGUAAUUAUUGGAAAAUUUGGGUGCCGCGAAUGAAAGAUAGAUUUGGAAAUGAUUCUUUAGAAUGGUCAUUUAAUGAAACUAGGGCAGAAAACAUACUAUUAGCUGCACUUGAGGAAUUUAUAUUUGAUGGGAGUGGUAUUAGAGUAUUAGAUUGUUUAUCUGAACAAAAUUAUCCACCUUCAGUAUGUGGUAGAGUAUUCAAAAUGGGCGAACCAACAUAUAAUUGUCGAGAAUGUGGAAUGGACAGUACAUGUGUUUUAUGUGUAGAAUGUUUUAAACUUUCUUCUCAUAAAAACCACAAGUACAAAAUGGGAACAUCUUAUGGAGGUGGAUGUUGUGAUUGUGGUGAUGUAGAAGCUUGGAAACAUGAUCCAUAUUGUGAAACUCAUAAACUGGGCUUAGAAAAGAAACAAGUUAACCUCAAUUUAUUAACAGCCGAUAUGGAAAAACGUUCUCAUUUGAUAUUUAAAUAUGUUCUUCGGUAUACUCGUGCAUUACUUACUUUAGAACAUCCUCCUAUGUUACCUGUCGGAUUUGAUGCUGAUGAAACAUUGGAUGAUUUAUAUAGCUUAUAUAGAAAUCAAGAAGAUAGUUUUUGCACGGUUCUGUAUAAUGAUGAGACACAUACAUUUGAUCAAGUUAUAACAACAUUGACUAGAUUCAUUAAAUGCCCUCAACGAACAUCUAUUGAUUUUGUUACAUCUAUCGAUCGAGAAGGUAGAGCAGUUGUGAAAUGUUCUACUUUUGUUGAAUGUAAAGAUUUAAAAGACGAAAUAGAAAAAUUUACAUCACGUCACGGUGGCAAACCAUUAAAAACAGUAGUAGUUCAUUCUGAUGUUAUUGCUCAUCAAAUGUUUUCUCUUAAGUUGUUGACAUGGAUGCAGAAUUUAUUAGGAUAUUCAGAACGGCUAAGAUCAGUAUUUUCGAGUGUUGUACUUGCAUCUACACCCGUUGAAGGUUGCAUUAUAGAAAGUAUAUUGCGGAAAGACACUGUAUUGUGGAAAUCAGCUAGACUACACUGGCAUAAACUUUUUAUUUCUGGUAUGUUCAUAGAAUAUGCGAAUAAAAAAGAAUUUGCCAAGGUCUUUACAAAAAAUUAUAGUGCGAUUAUGAAGGACUUUAUUAAUGAUGAUCAUGAUUAUUCUUAUUCUGUUGCUUCAUUGGGUGUACAAAUAUUUACUGUUCCCACAUUAGCUACUUACUUAAUGGCACAUCAUGAUGUUUUAUAUCAACUCUUAAAUACAUUUUUAUCAGAAUGUUCGCAUAAAGUAAAUAAACAAGGAAAGCUGGAAUUUGAACGGAACGCUUCAACCGUGCCAUUUAAGAGAGCACAACAUGUUCUUGGAGAUAUUCGUUAUCUAUUAGGUUGUGUACCUGAAAAAUGGACCGCUGAAUUAAGAAUAUCAUUUUGCCAUGCUGUUUCUUUGGUCCUUACCAUUCUUAACUAUAUGCAAAAUAUGGAUACUGUUACUAGACAAGUUGGUCAACAUAUGGAGUAUGAACCUGAAUGGGAAACAGCAUUCAAUUUGCAUAUUAAACUGAGACCAUUAAUAACAAAAAUACUGUUGUGGUGUGGAUCAGAUUGUAUUGUUUUAAAAAAAGUAUACAGAAUGACUUUAAAGAAAAUUUGGGAAAAUCCAGUUUUAGAUCCUCUUAGACCAAAUAUAGUUAAAGAGUUAAUGAACUAUAAAGCCACCUGUAUUGAUUUUGAUGUAUCUACUGAACCUGUAUCUAUACAUCUUCCAUUGUCUAGAUUUCUUGCAGGCCUUCAUUUAUUUUUGGAUCGUUAUGAUCUAAGUUUUGAUCAUUCUGAGCUGCAAACUACAAGACAAUCUCCUGAACAAAUAAUUGAACCAGUUCUCCGAGCACUUGUUUUAAUAUCACAAGUGCAUGCAGGAAUGUGGAGGCGUAAUGGAUAUUCACUUUUAAACCAAAUAUAUUUGUAUCACAAUUCAAAAUGUCGGAUGGAAAUGUUAGAUAAGGAUAUUGUUAUACUUCAAAUGGGUGCCUCAUUAAUUGAUAGUAAUGAAUUUUUAAUACAUGUGCUAAAUAAAUUUAAUUUAUUAAAGUGGGCCCAGCCCGAUUUCGAAUUAAAUUUAUUAAAUGGUUCAGAAGAUGAAACUAUUCGUCAAACAAUUAGUUUGGUUGAAGAAUUUUUAACACUAAUCAUUACCAUUGUUGGCGAAAGGUAUACUCCUGGUGUAGGCAAAGUAACUUUUGAUGAUUGUAUAAAAAAAGAAGUAAUACAACAGCUGUGUGUAGAACCUAUGCCUCAUUCAGAAUUAAAUAAAACACUCGUAAAUAUAAUUGAAGAUGAAGAAUGUUUAGAAAAAGUCAUUAAUGAAGUUGCUGUUUUCAAAAAAACUAGAGGAAAAGGUGUUUAUGAAUUAAAACCGAUAUUUUAUGAUGAUUACAAUGUAUUUUUCUACCAUUAUUCAAGAGAAGAAAUGUCUAAAUCUGAAGAAGAACAAAGAAAACGAAAAAAAGCAGCCAGCGAAUUAGAAUGUUGUCCUCCUCCUAGUUUACCAUUGUUCAGUAAUGCUUUUGCAAAGAUAGCUGAUAUAUUGCAAUGUGAUAUAAUGUUUUACAUCAUGAAAUUGGUAUUAGAAAGAACUGUAAAUUUAAGAAGUAGAAGUUUUUCUGAAUCUCAACUUCAUAAAGUUCUUCAUUUAAUUGGGUAUGCUCUUCAUGAAGAAGAAAAACAACACAGUCCAUCAUUUAAAUUUACUGAACGUUCUGAAAUUUAUGGUAUAGAAGUUGCACUUGAUGAGCUUAAACGUAGUCCUAGAGUUGAAGCUUACAAAGAUUUGGCCGUAUGGACCCUUAAUAAGUUUAGACAAGUGUCUGCACCAAGAAAAAAAAGUAAGGAAACAGAGGAAGUUGAAAACGUAGAAGAUGUAAAAAGUUGUGAUGAUGCUGAACUGGAAAAACAGAAAAGAUCAAAAUUGGCAGCUGAUCGAAGAGCUACUAUUAUGGCUCAGAUGACCCAAAUGCAAACUAAUUUUAUGAAAGAUAAUGCUACAUUGUUUAAAAACACGUCCAUUUGCUCAGAAUCACAUAAUGAUUCGACUAGUAUGGACAUUUUAGAAAAUAUUGUGGAACUUUCUGUUUGUCUGGGUCCUAAUCAAACCGCAUCAAGUACAUUUGAUAGUAAAUAUACAUGUAUAUUGUGCCAAGAAGAACAGCAAGUUACCCAUGACAGUCAAGCAAUGGUUUUAGCUACAUUUGUACAAAAAUCAUCUGUUCUUUGUCCAGUAAAAAAUCGUAUAGGAAAUUAUAAUGAUUACCUUUCUCGCCCCUACUUUAUACCAGCCAAUUUUGGUCCUUCUCCUUAUAUUUCCACUUGUGGGCAUGUUAUGCAUGUUGCCUGUUGGCAAAAACAUUUUGAUAUGAUUUUAGCUAAAGAGAAUAGAAGACCAUACCGAUUGAGGCAUUCAUUAAGUUUUGAUGUGCAUAAAAGUGAAUAUUUAUGUCCACUUUGUGAAGGACUUUGCAAUACUGUUAUGCCAUUAUUACCACCUAUUUCAAGUUUUACUCAACCAGAUAAGACAUUCGAAGAUUUGACGUUUAAAAUUUGGUAUGAUGGAUUAAAUAUAGCAUUAAAUCAAAGUAAGGUUGCCAAGCCUAAAGCUACAGACUCAAACACUCAACCAUCUAUAAAUCCAAGUCCAAUUACAGAACCACCGCCUGCUUAUAAAAGAGAACAAGCUACAAUGCAAUUGCUUGCUGCUAAUGUGUUGGAUAAUAAUAUUAAUCAAACAACUAUAGAACGAGAUAAUAAUGAACCUCCACAAGAUGAAGAAGAAUAUGAGGAUACAUUUUUGCCACUAGCUGAUGAAUUUUCGAUCGAAACUAAUGAUUUUGUUAUGCAAUUACUGAUGUUUAAUAAGUCACCAAAGUCACCAAUGGCUGUGCCUAAAGUGUCUGUAUAUAAAAACAAUGUACUCUCAACUAGCUUAGUUGAUACAAUUUUAAAAUUUGCCACAAAUAUUUAUUCAAAAGCAGCUACUAUCAGUGACCCACAUCCAGAUAAUAACCAAAUCCCAUUAAUGACGUGGAAAGCAUGUGCAUAUACAAUACAUUCAAAUGAAGUGAUUCUCCGUUAUAAAAAUAAACCGUUAUUUGGUGAAUUAUCAUGUCGGCAAAAAGACUGCCUGGAAGCGUUGAUCCGUGUUUCAGGGGUUUUAAGUUCAACAUGGAAAAAGGAACAUGAAAUUAAUUUACACGCCCUUCGACUUAUAUCUUUAGCUAUUGAUAAUGGUGGAAAUAACUCAAUUGGAAUACUUGAUUGGGAUGCUUUUGGAAUGUUAGUUUCAUUGACUAUGGCUUUGCCUAGUUUGUAUUAUACUGAAGUUCCUGGUCCUGCCCCUAGAGGAACUAUGUUAGACUUCCAUACUGUUCAUUUAAUGUUUGUUGCAAAUUUAGUACAGAUCAUGUUGACAAUUGACAUCGAAAAAGACUUUGAAGAAAUGCUUGAAUUUGAUCCAGAAGAAGAGGAAGACACGCGUUGUAUAGCUGAUUACAUUUUAAAACUACGUGGAAUCAGUAUUAAGAAUACAGUAGCAGUUUGGAAUUUAAUAGAGAGUUGUGCAAUACCUUUUUUGCGGUGUUGUUCGUUGUUUUAUCACUUUCUUACAGGUGUCCCUGCCUCGCAUGCUUUGACAGAAGUUGAUGGAGAUACAUACCAUAACAUGUGUUGUUAUUUGGGAUUACCCACUUCAUGCAAAGAACUAUUAGACAAACCAUAUAUCAAAGUAAUAGUAAAUAAAUGGACUGAAAAUGAAAAGUUAAUCAAAAUCAAGCAAGGUGAAAAAGUACAAUUUAGAAGUUGGACGCAUAUCAAUGAAUUAGUAGAACUUCCGGAUGAUUAUAGUGAAUUAAUUAAUACUGUAUCAAUGUUUACUUGCCCAAAUAGCAGUCAUGAAGAUUCAAGAAAUCCAACCAUGUGUUUAGUAUGUGGUGCAAUGCUUUGUUCUCAAAGUUAUUGUUGUCAAACAGAAAUCAAACAUGCCACAGUAAGUGCUAGUUUAUCUAUUAUGUUCAACUCUAACUGAUAAAAUUGUCUAUUUGGUAUAUAAGAGAGGUAAUUUUUUGAUUUUCCAAGGGGUUUUCAAAAUAAUUGGAAAAACCCAAAAGAAAAUUGUUAGUAAAACAGCAAAUAUUUACAGCGAGCUGCAGCGUUACCGAUUACAUUGUUUUUCAUUUUUGUAACUUAUGUUUUAUACCAGAAAUAUUCUUCCAAUCAAAAAAUUACCAAAUAUUUUACGAAAAUAAUUUUUUUAUUAUUUUAGAUUUUGUUUUUUUGAAUUUAAUUUUCAGUUUACAAAUAUUCGUAGAGACUUGAAAUUUUUACAGAAUACUUAUAUUUGGUUUUUCUCCUAGACGAAGCAACAUUUUUAAAAUAUUUAAACCAUUUUUGAGCUAUUUUUAGCAAUUUUUAAUUAAUUUUAAUUUGGUAGAUACUCUGUGAAUAAAAUUGUUAGACUUAACAGAAAUGCUUGACAAUUUGACAGAAGGUUCAUCAUAACCUAUAAGUGGUCAAAAAAAAUUGAGUGUAUUGUAGUAUUUUUUUUUUACUUAUUAUAAUAUUUUUUUAAAUUAAAUUUUAAUGAAAAUCGUAAAUAUACAGCCUUUCAUAACAUGUGUUACAGAACUUUGCUCCAAAUAAUUUUUCAUUAGCAAUGGUUUAUCGUUGGUUGUAGGUAUAAAUUAAAUAACUAUGUAUUCUACCCUUUCAAUUUUCCACCUUUCCGCCUUCAAAAAUGGCUUGUUCCUAGUAUCAACUCUCUUUUUAAAAAUUGUUAUUCAUAAAUUCUUUAAUGAAUAUUUCGCUUUACAAACCUAAUCCUUUAAUAACUUUUUAUAAUAACCUCAUUAUUUCCUUGUUUGUGCCAUAUUGAGUAUGUAACAAAUACAUGUAGUGUUUUAUCUUUAACAUAUAAACAAUGUAUAGUCAUUUUCUUAGUUUCUUGGUUUUACAUAUUUAUGUAUAAUUUAAAGUGCAUUAUAUUAUAUAUAAUAAUAAUAAUUUAAGGUACAUUAUAUUUAAUUGUUUAUUAAUUAUUUAUUAUUUAAAAUUCAGUAUUUCAAUCAAUCACAAAACAUUUUUUAAAUUCCAAUUAAAAGGACAAAGGAGCUAAUAUAUUUUAUUAUUUUUGCCAUAAAAAGUUAAUAAUAUAAAUCAUAAGCAUAGCAGGGGCAUCCCAGACCUUGACUAUGGGGUGGGGCGAAAUAAUUAAAUUUAAUAUUAAAGAUUGCUAAGAAAAAAAGACUGAUAUACUUUGCACGAUGGGUGGACCACUGUUGAUGAGCGGAGCUCUGUUAAAAGUAUUUCUCGGGGGUGUCUGGGUAAAUUCGAUGGGGGGACGAACGAUUUUUACUCCAAUACCACUGCUUUAGUCAACAAAAACUUAAAACCUUUAUAACCUUUAUAAACCUUUAUAUCCGAUGUCAUUUCAAAUUAUGUUAGCUUAGAAGACUGAAGAUAUAUUGUACAAAUGCAGUAAAACAGUACAAUUUGAAAGUUAAAUUUUUUUCACAUUAAAUAUUUAUUAAUAAUAAUGUGACAAUAUGAAUAACAAAAAAAAUGUUCUAAGAUAAUGGAUACGGGUGGAGCCACUGUUAUAAAGAAUUUAAUGUAUAUCUGUAAGCAACAAUAAACCAUUGAUAACGAUAAAACGAUUCUGAGCCCAUUUCAGUUGAUGAUUUGUGAUGCUUUGUCAACAAUAUGUAUAUUAUGGUAAAAUAAUUAAAUAGGCAUUAUUUAUUUUCUUUAAUAAUAUUUGUUUAAUAUCGUACCGAUUUUCCCCUCUUUUUCUACGUCUUUCCCGGUUUUCACAUUGGCUGGGAAAACUCAUCGGAAAAUGUAAAAAUAACCAAUCCUUCAGAAAACCUUCAGAAAAAGUGCUACAUUUAAAAAUCGGAGCAAGAUUUCUAGUAGAAAAGUUUGCACAACAAAUCGAAGGGUACUUUUCUUUAGGUACACCUAAAAUACAUUUUUCCUGUCUUAAUAAAAGGGAAAAAAUUUGUUAUUCUAAACACGGGUUCGAACUAACAAACCCUAGGGUAAUUAGGUAUGAAUCAUUCAACUACGACAAACAUACUUUAAAGAUUAUUAAUAUAAUUAUUUAACAUAAUAUACAAUAUCAGAACUUCAAAAAGCUAUAAUUUCGAAACUUAGUCAGUCCGCUCAAUUCUGACUUCACUAUCGUUCUUAAACUGGCAGCAUACAUAUAUUCAUAAAAAAAAAAAUUAAAAAAUUAGAUUUGUUCCAUAUACUUUUUAAUUUAAACGAUUUUCAUCAAAAUUUGAUAUUAAAAUCCCUUUACAUAAAAAAUACUAACUACAUUAAACUCAAAUUUGUAGACCACAAUGUAAGACUUUUAAUGAACUUUCUGUUAAAUUUUCCCGUAUUUCUGUUAAGUCGAUUUUACCACAGAGUGACUACCAAAUAAAAAUGUCAAAAAUGACUUAAAUUUUUUGAAAAUUUUACCAUGUCUAAAAAAAACAAAUAAGUUUUCUGUCUAAAUUUCAAAUCUACGAAUAUUCUUAUCUAAAUUACAUUAAAUAAAAAAUGUAAAAAAUAAUAAAAGCAAUAUAUUCGUAAAUUUUCCCGUUUUCCCUACUUUUUCUGUUUUAUUGGGAAAACUGCCGGGAAAAUUAAAGAAUGACCUCCCUAAAGUACCAGCCCAAAAAAAUUGACUUUAAGAAAAGGGUCUAUAUUGUUUACAUCGGAGCAAGAUUUCUGGUAGAAUUUUCGUACACAGGAUAAAAAAAUAAAAAAAAAUAUAUAUCUUACUAAAACCAAUACAUUCUUCGUUACACUCCGAAUCUAAAAUAAUAAUAAUUAGAUGACGAAGUCCAAAAAACUUUUGUUUUAAGCAGCGUUUUGCAAUUGGUUUAAUCAACAAUAUUUUCUAUAUUAAUGUUUUCAUUUCGAUGAAUAUUUAAAAUUAAUAAGCCAGUAAUUUAGCUGCUGUUCAAAAUUUUAUUUUUAUUACAAAGUACCAGUUUUAAUGAACCUCGUAUUAAAUUUUCUAGAAUUUCUGUUUAGUCUAAUAAUUUUACUUAGAUACGAAAUAAAAAUUGCGUACAAAAUUAAAAUGUCUAUAAAUUACUCAAAAAUUUUACCACGUUAAGAAAAGGCAAAUAUAGGUUUUCUGUCCAAAUUUCAAGUCUACAAAUAUUUUCAACUGAAUUACAACAAAAAACAAAAUUUAUAAUUAAAACAUUGUAAAUCCAAUUAAAUUAAUCAUUUCCAAUUUUAAUACUAAAAAUAUAUUAUUUUAUUAUAUCUUUGCAAAUUGAUUGUUCCCACUUAGUUUUCCAUAAUUUUCUCACCCUUGAGAGAAUAUUUAUUGAAAUAUAUAAAUGAGAAGUAUUUUAUUCUUGUUUCUUUCAAAAUAUUUCCAAGAUCAUCUGUAUGGCAUUUGGAACCAGUUGCAUUUGUAGUUAUUUUUAUUUAAGAAUUAUGGAUAUUUUGUUUAACAAAAACGAGCAUCACACGGCUUAAGGGGAAGGGAUAAUUUUUUUAGUGGUACUAAAAUAUGAUCCAACAUAAUUGAUAAUACAAUAUAAUCUAUAGAUUAUCAAUAAAGCUAUAUGAUUAUUAGAUUUUGUAAUAAAAAGUAUAAAACUAAAUAAUUUAUCAGGUUUUUUUUUAUAUAGGUUGGAGCAUGUUCUGGUCAUGCUUACACCUGUGGUUGUGGUGUUGGUAUUUUCCUGCGAGUACGCGAAUGUGAAGUUCUAUUGUUGGCCACUUUGAAUAAAGGAAGCUUUAUUUUACCACCAUAUAUUGACGAGUACGGUGAAACUGAUCAGGGCUUGAAACGAGGUAACCCAUUGCAUCUAUGUAAAGAUCAGUAUCGUAAAUUACAAAUACUUUGGCUUGGACAUGGACUACAUGAAGAAAUAUCGAGGUAUUUAGAUUCCACACAUAAUCUGAUACCUACUACUUGGCAACAUAUGUAA